AUGACCCCUUCAGCAGACUUUAGUCUUGCCAUUAUCGGCGGUGGUAUUGGCGGUCUAUCCCUCGCUGUAUCGAUAACCAAAUACACCCGAAUCCCUGUUACCGUGUACGAGAACGCACCAAAGUUUGGUGAGAUCGGAGCAGGUGUUGCGUUUGGACCCAAUGUCAUCCGAGCUAUGAACAAGAUCUCGGAACCACUCGCAGCUGCCGUGGGUAGUCGUGCUAACGGAAACCUACUCCCCGAGAAGAAGGGCAUAUGGUUUGACUACCAGAUAGGAAUGGACGGCGUCGACGACGAAGCAAGGGCAAGAGGUAUUGUCGCAGGCGCAUUCCUCUGUUCUGUCCCACAUCCUGAGCCUGGUAGUUGGAUGGUCAACCGUACGUAUCUCAUAGAGGAGCUGGAUAAGAAUAUUCCAUCCAACAUUGCUCGUUUCGGCAAGAACCUUGUCGAUAUCCAGGAUCUUGGAGUAAAAGGUGUGCUUCUCGAAUUCGAAGACGGAUCUAAGGCAACCCACACUGCAGUUAUCGGAUGCGAUGGCAUCAAGAGUCGCACACGCCGUAUCAUGCUAGCCAGUGACCUUCCAGCUGCUAGCCCAGUAUAUACUGGGAAGUAUUGCUAUCGGGGUUUGGUCCCCAUGGACAAGGCGAUAGAGCUUUUGGGCGAGAGCAAGGCUCUGAACUCGCAGGCCUACCUAGGAUACCACGGCCACAUGCUCACGUUCCCUGUUGCUGGGGGCCGAAUGAUGAAUGUGGUGGCAUUUCAGUCCGCCAAAGACUGGCCUCACGAGAAAAUGGUAAUAUCCGCCACGAAGGAGCAAAUGAUCGAUAGCUUCAAAGAAUGGGGCUCUGAUGUACGGAAUAUUGUCAGCCUGAUGGGUCAGUCUGAUAUCUGGGCCCUUUUUGACAGCCCAUCGAUAGAUGCUUUCCACAAAGGAAACAUUUGUCUGUUGGGUGAUUCAGCCCAUGGAUCAACGCCUUUUCAGGGAGCUGGUGCAGGCAUGGCCGUCGAAGAUGCAUGCGUUCUUGGAAGGAUCCUUCAGCAUGUCUCCAAAGCUGAAGAACUACCUAUUGCCUUUGAAGCUUUCAGUAGAGCUCGGGUUGACCGAACCAUGAAGCUUGUCAAGUCAAGUCGGGAGGCUGGGCACAUUUGGCAUUUUGAGACGUACGGAGAUGACAUUGAGAAGAUAAAAGUUAUCAUGAAGGACAGGAUGUCGUGGAUUUGGGAGAACGACCUUGAUAAAGACAUCAACGAAGCUGUAGCAUGGUUAAACGAGAGAACGUAG